GCUUCUUCCGUUCUGGGUUAUUGAGAUUGGAUCACAGGAAUAAGAACCUUAUCCUGAAUUGACGACUCCUUUUGCUUGUAACCCAGAUUCAGAACGUAACUGAUGUCAACAGUUACUGAUAACCGUUUCAUUCUUUAAUAACCCAUUAACAACAGUUUCAGAAUACUUUACUGCAGGUUGCAGGUCUUGAUUCGUUCUAUUUAAAUGUUCCUUAUCUGAUACAAAUUCAUUGAAGGGUUUUCUUACAGAUUUUCCAGAAUGUCGUCAUCAUCAUCCAAGUAUUGUUACAAAAGUAGCAGAAAAGUGGGAAACGGAGUAAACAGAAAUUGCAUGUCGACAUGAAUGCCUUAUCAUGGAAGGGCUGUGACGACACCACCAAUCAAAUUGAAAGUUAACUUUGUUGGAGCUUUAAGCUUGACUAGAAGACCAACCAAGGAAAAGUAACGAAAAAACAAAAGAUUUUAGUAAUGGGGAGACGUCUUGAUUCUCUGCUUUAAUCCCCACAUAGAGUUGUUGCAGUGGUGACUGUGACUUAGGUUCUGAGUCUCAAGAGAAAACUGAGGUUUUCUUGGUAUUGGCUUCCAUGUUUGAUCUUCCUCUUCAAAGUUGAAGUUCAUUUAUUUGCACCAUGGAUGAAGGAAGGAGAUCAAAAGGACUGGGCAAAUCAUGUAUUCUGCUUAUAGUGAUAGCUGGGGUGGAGAGGCUUGCAUUCAAGGGGGUGGCUUCCAAUCUCAUUACUUAUCUGACGGAUGUUAUUAAAAUGAGCAACUCGUCGGCAGCCAAAACUGUAAACAACUGGUGUGGAGUAACAUCCAUCCUCUCUCUAUUAGGAGCACUUGUUGCUGACUCUUACUGGGAUCGAUAUUCCACCAUCAUAGCAUCCUCUCUCCUUUAUGUUUUGGGGCUUGCGGCAUUGACAUCAACAACACUGCUAAGGGCAUGGCUACCUCCUACCAAAACCAGCUCCUCAUUAUCUCUCUUUUGGUCACUCUAUUUGAUUUCCAUAGGGCAAGGUGGAUACAACCCUUGCUUGCAGGCUUUUGCAGCAGAUCAAAUUGAAUGUGAUGAUGAGUUGCCUUGUACCAAAGAUGACCAAAGUGCAAAGAAGAAAAGUUCAUUUUUCCAGUGGUCAUAUUUCAGUAUCUGUACAGGUAGCCUAUUGGGUGUCUCUCUUAUGUCCUAUAUUCAAGAUACUUUUGGUUGGGGAUUGGGAUUUGCCAUUCCUACAAUAGCAAUGGUGGCUUCUGUUGUAUGUUUCUCAUGUGGGACUCGAACUUACACCCAUAAGCAGAUCAAGGGUGGGAAGAAACCCAUAGAAGAGAUAUUUCAAGGCAUCAAAGAAGGUGUAUCAAAAAUGUUGAAUGGCAGGAUCACCUUGCCAGAGAGAGACUCCGAGAAGGUUGAGCUCGAGCUACAGGGGAGUCCACUUUGCAACCAAGAUUCAGAUUCUGAUAGCUCCAAAACAAUGGAUAAAAACCCUAACAAUGAGAUUGUUACAUUUGACAUGAGACGGAUACUGAGGCUCUUGCCCAUAUGGAUCACACUUCUAAUGUUUGCUGUUGUCUUCCAACAACCAGUUACCUUCUUCACUAAACAGGGAACAACUAUGAAGAGGAACAUUGGAAGCAGCUUUGUUAUCCCUCCUGCAACACUGCAGACUGCUAUUACUAUCUCAAUAGUACUUCUAAUGCCUUUAUAUGACAAGAUGAUCAUCCCCUUCAUACAAAUUAUCACUCGAACGGAUAAAGGGAUUACUGUGAUGCAGAGGAUGGGAAUUGGGAUGGUUCUCUCAGUUGUUGCCAUGGCAAUAGCUGCAAUUGUUGAAACAAAGAGAUUGAAUAUCAGUAAAUCAGGGCUUCUAGAAUCAGAGUCAUCAACAGUGGCAAUGAGCAUCUUCUGGUUGCUACCUCAGUACAUUCUCCUUGGAAUCUCAGAUGUGUUUACUGUUGUUGGAAUGCAAGAGUUCUUUUACACCCAAAUGCCUAGUAGGAUGAGAACCAUGGGCAUAGCUCUGUAUCUCAGUGUUUUUGGGGUGGGAAGCUUUCUUAGUGCCCUUUUGAUCUCACUCAUUGAAAUUGUCACAUGUGCAACUAGACAAAAACAAAGCUGGUUCGCUGAUGACCUGAGGGAAGCCAGACUAGAUAACUACUAUUGGCUUCUGGCUCUGUUAAGCACCUUGAGCUUACUAAUGUUUAUAUGUUUAUGUAAACUCUACAAUGGGAGGAACUAGGAAUGCUUCUUCCAUUGGAAAUUUGUAAUUAAGCUUUUUGUUUGACUUUGACAAUAAUUAGUUUAAACAUAAACCUUUUUCUUAUUAUAAAUGGGGCUAAUUAGUCUUGAAACCUCAA